CAAAAUAAACACAAUUAAAGAUUGGAUAUAAAGAUUCAAGUUAAUUAUCGCUUCUUUGUUUUGGUUAUUUUUAUUUUAUCCCAUAUAAGUUAUAUUUCAAAUGCUACAAUGGAUCCAAAGAACUGUUAUAUUUGCAAUACAACGUCAGUGUUUUAUAGUCGAAAUUUAUUUAAAACCAAAUCAAAAUACACGGAAACCAGUAUUUGUGAAUUUAUAAAAAAAUUCUUGGGAAACCAUCAAUCAGAGCGGAAAUGUAUAGAUAAACAUUGUGUUUGUAUUGAAUGUCUCAAUAAAAUUGAUGAAUAUGAUUUGGCUACGAUGACAGCACAGCGUGUUGAAAGAGAAUUGCGAGAUAUUCUGUUGGCGACCGAAUCAUUAUAUUAUAUAGAAGCUAAAUCAAUCAAUUCUGAAGAGCUCUAUGUUCCGUCAAUCGAAACUAUUGAAACAUUAGAAGAGUUUAAGGUUGAAUGUUUUGAGAUUCCAGCUUCAAAAUCUUGUAGUGAAAGCCAUAAAUUCGAGUCAGAAAGUGAUGAGGACUGUCCGUCUGUGUUGAAAUGCCACUCAAAAUAUUUAUCCAACAAUGUACAACAACGAAAAAUAACAUCAGGAAGAGUAAAACGCAUAACACACAAAUGUCACAAGUGCAAUAUCGAGUUUAAAAGUGUGGCUGCAUUGGCCCGACAUGAACAUGCAAAAGGAGAAAGUUCAGAUCUUAAACCGAUUAUAUACAGCUGUUACCAUUGCUUUGAAGUUUUUUGCACAAAGACGCAAUAUGAACACCAUUUGAGGCAGCACAAAGGAGAGGAGGAACAAUUUAAAUGUACAAUAUGUGGCUUUGAUUUAAAAGAAAGAAAAGCUUUAGAAGAGCACAAGCAAUUACAUGACAAGCUUUCACCACUGCAAUGUGUUUUGUGUAAAAAAUCCUUCAAGCAGAAAGGAGCUCUGGUUAGGCACAUGAGAAUUCAUAGUGGACUCAACUUUUACCAGUGCCAUCGUUGUGGUAAAGGCUUUAUUCACAAAAGUUCAUUUGAAAUGCAUCUGAUGGCUCAUGAUGACAUAAGAAAGAAAAAGUGUCCCCAUUGUAAUCAGAUGUUUCGCUCAACAUCUCACUUAAAUCGUCACCUACGAAUACAUACUGGAUCUAAACCAUUUGCAUGUCCAAUUUGCGGACAAAAAUUUGCUCAGCGAUAUAAUAUGAAUGUUCAUUUACGUCUACAUGAUACAUCGUCGAGUCGACAAAUAUCGAGCAAAACACAUGUUUGCAAAUUUUGUAACUCAGCUUUUGCAAGACAAGCGAAACUUGAAGAUCAUCUCAAGAAAAAUCACGAAGCAAUUAUACCGCAUCAUGCAAUAUCAUCGAUUGGCAAUCAUUCUGAUGAUACAAACGAAUAGAAUUGAUCUUUUUUUAUAUUAAUUUAAAAACAUUUUUGAUUUUUUUACUGUUUUAAUUUAAUUUAACAAUCGAUGCAUAAAAGAUAUUUUUUUCUUCUAAAGUAAUAUAGCUUGCGAAUAGACUGAUAAUAAUAAUAAUAACUGCA